CGUCGGGCGCCCAGGGGAACAAUCCCGGCGGCGGGGUCGAGCCAUGGCCCCUGGGAACGGCUGAGCGCAGGAGCUGCCGGGGAACCGCCACCGCCGGGAGGGAGCGGAUUCGAUGCCCUGGAAGGGCCGAUACCCGAGGGCAGAGGGAGGCGCUUCCUGGCCCGAAUCCUCGGAGCAUGGUCCCCGGAGAGCCGCGCGCAGCAGCAGGAGGCGCCCGAUCUGCCGAGACGGAGCGCACGGUAGGAUGGAGUGGAAAGUGGAGGGGCCAAGGCACAGAUCAGACAGAUCUCCCUCUGCCUACAGGAGCUUGCCUGUCCGACCAGUACAACACAGGGAACGGGGCUUGUGGGGUACCAUCACCCUCUUGUCACUGUUUGCUGGGGCAGUCAUGGCCAGUCCGGAGACCUGGCAUCAUAACCAGACCUUGGGAGAAGCCUCAGGAAGCUCGGGCACUGCCAGCCCUGCCACUGUGGAUGAAAGCAGCAGGGAAGCCCCAUCAGGGGUUGCAUGGAGACACUGGCAAGGGGAAAACGUGACCCUCGGAGGGCCAAGUACAUCCGAACUGCUCCGGGCUGAGCGCUCCCCACCAGGCUCUGGCAAGCUGAGGAAGCUCAGGCAGGGGAACCGCCGCCACCAGUGCCGCCUGCACAGCCUCACGGUGAAGGUGCGAGAGCUGGGCCUUGGCUAUGACUCGGACGAGAUUGUGAGGUUCCGAUAUUGCAGCGGCUCGUGCCAACACACCCGCACCAACUACGACCUGAGCUUGAGCCGCCUGCUGCAGCAGCAUGCCAUUGUGCCUGGGCCACACGACCGCCCCUCCUCCCACCCCUGUUGCCGCCCCACCCGAUACGAAACCUUCUCCUUCAUGGACGUGAACAGUGCCUGGCAGACUGCAAGCCAAAUCUCGGCAUCCCGCUGUGGCUGUGUGGGCUGA